AUGGCUAACCAAACACGACCCUUCCCGAGGGAUGGACGAUUGAUCUCUCUUAUAUUAGCUUCAAAAGGUAUAGAAGAUACGGAUGAGAGAGUGAUUCAUCAACUGUUGGAUUUCGCUCAUCGCUAUACAGCAGACGUAUUGCAAUCGGCUCAGUCUUUAUCAGACCACGCAUCACGUAGUGGACCAAGCUCCAACAAAAUUGAAAAGGAAGAUGUGGAAUUAGCUAUUCAAUUGAGAAAGAGGUACGAGUUCUUCGAAGCUCCUCCCAGAGAUUAUCUAGCGACUUUAGCGCACGAACUAAACUCUCAACCACUCCCAAUUUUACCCGAAUCAUUCGAUUUAAUCAAACUGCCUCCUCCCCAUCAGAGAUUGGGUGAAGUCAAUUUCGAUAUCGUCCCUGAGCCAGACUUGAACCUCACAGAGAACGAGGAAGAGGACGAAGACGAAGAUGCAAGUGGAUCAGAAGAAGAAGAUCAGGAUCAAGACCAAGAUCAACGAAGUGAUGGUGGGGAUAAACCUAAUGGUGUUGCAGAGGAAGAUGGGGACGAGGAUGAGGAUAUGGAAGAAGUCGGAUUGACAGAUGAGACGCAGCAGCAGCAACAACAGCAGAGAGAAGUGGAUGAAGAUUAUGAUAUAUAG